AUGGUGACCCCCAGGAUCGCCUACUUGCUGUUGCUGUGCGUUGGGGGAGUUUCCUCCAAACCCACUUUCAGGACCGAGAGGAUCCACUCGGACCCGGAGCUGAGUGACCAAACCCACCAGGACACCGAGAGCUUCCAGUACGACCACGAGGCCUUUCUGGGCAAAGAAGAAGCCACGACUUUCGAUCAACUCACUCCAGAGGAGAGCCAAGAGAGGCUCGGAAAAAUCGUAGACCGGAUAGAUGACAACAAGGAUCAGUUUGUUACCACCGAGGAACUCAAAGCCUGGAUUAAACGGGUGCAGAAACGUUAUAUUUAUGAAAACGUCGCAAAAGUGUGGAGGGAUUACGACCUCAACAAGGACAAUAAAAUAGCCUGGGACGAAUACAAGCAAGCGACCUACGGAUAUUACUUGGAAAACCCUGAAGAGUUCCAGGACAUCGCUGAUCAGCUCAGCUUUAAGAAGAUGCUGCACCGAGACGAACGCAGAUUCAAAUCGGCGGAUAUCGAUGGUGAUCUGGUGGCCACCAGGGAAGAGUUCACUGCCUUCCUUCACCCUGAGGAGUUUGAGCACAUGAAGGAAAUUGUCGUCCUUGAAACGCUGGAAGACAUUGAUAAGGAUGGAAACGGAUUCAUUGAUGAGGAUGAGUACAUUGCUGAUAUGUUCGCCCACGUGGAAGGUGUGGCAGAACCUGACUGGGUUCAGACUGAACGUGAGCAGUUUUCCGAUUUUCGAGACUUAAAUAAGGACGGGAAGAUGGAUAAAGCUGAAAUCCGGCAUUGGAUCCUCCCGCAAGAUUACGACCACGCACAGGCUGAAGCCAGACACCUGGUGUACGAGUCGGACAAAGAUAAGGACCAGAAGUUAUCAAAACAAGAAAUCUUAGAUAACUGGAACAUGUUUGUGGGCAGCCAGGCCACCAACUACGGUGAGGAUCUCACACGGGACCACGACGAGUUAUGAUACUGAGAAGAAAAAAGAGAAAAGGGAUUUUGCAGGGAUUUGGGGGUUUUCCCGAACAAACAUUUUUUUCAAAAAUCAAAUUCACGUCGAUGCUAAAAGGAGCCAAGAGGGCUUUCGAAAUCGGACUGCAGUAUUUUUUUGCCGCGUUGUAAAGUGACUGAAGUUGGGCCAGUUUCGUCCUCCUAAUUCAAUACGUACUUUACCUCAUUAACUAAUGGGGCCACUGUGCCCGUUAAUACCUUUGCACCAAUUGCAAGGCAGUGUUGAUCUACAUAUGUAGUGUGUGUGUGUGCGCGUGUGUGUGUUUUUAAAAAAAAAGCCAAAACUGUACAAAUCCGUACUUACACUUGACCUGUAGACUGUAGGUUGAACAAAUUUGGGGUCUCUUUCCACCCCCUCCCCCACCAACUGCCCGCCCACGUAGGACAUGUGGCAUAUAGUCUGCUUUAUAAAUGAAACGUCAGCAAGGUCUCCCACACUGGGGCAGCCAAGAGUUGUCUUGUCUGGCCUUGUUCCAAAAUGAGCUCCAUAUGGACCCAUCUUAGUGAAUGCAGGGUGCGAGAGACAAAUGUAGUUUGAUUUUAAUGUUCCUUGUCUUCAAUUUCGCUGCAAUCUGUCUUUUCAAAUAGCGCCAAAACCAUCCAUCCAUCCACUGCGCUCUUACCAUUUGGUACUGGAAGGUUGAACGUGUGUGUGGAACAAAUGGAAUGCUUCGUUGAUUUCCCAGUUACAUGACUCUGGAAGCAUCUCCUGACGAUCUGAGCCACGGC